CGUGUGCAGUUGAGCAAACAUCCUCGAUCUGCCAUAUUUAUCGUGUCAUAGUAUCGCUACAAUAGCCAUUGAAAGGCGUAAGUUAUUGUAUUUGUUCCACGUACCAUUUGUGGUGCCUUGCCUGUCCCCAAAAGCCACUCUGCGCAGGCAUAAACGUGACGUACACUGUACUGGCAAGGCUGCGAAAUCGCUUGCUAAGCGCCACUCUUCCUCGAGAUAUCUUGACAACCUUCUUCGAUAACCCCCAUCUUCCUGGGCUGAAGUUGUCCUCCGGAGUUUGAAUAACUGAGCCUCAAUAUCCAAGGGAUGCUGUCGUCGACGUGAAACACCCUUCACAAUCUCGAAAACUCCAUGAGUUCACCACAGAAUAAUGGACAACCACAAACACCAUCUGGAAGAGCUGGUCAAUGGCAAUCACGGUAAAAAUGGUUCGGAAAUAUCGAGGGCUACAUCUCCCACCGGGGAUAUGUCCAUGGAGAAUGGCCAGAUGACGGACGGUGUAGAGCACACCAAACGCAGCAGACCACGAACCUUCCCGUACUUUACGACGCUCCCUUACUCCGUCGAAGAUGAAGCACAGAGGCAACAAAACCUGUCCGAAAUCCUCAAGCACCUGUAUAUCGCUAUUCAGGCCAGUGACUUCACGCCCGGAGCGGUACAUUGGACGCGGGAACUGCGGAGUUGGCUCUCAUUGAAGUUCGACCCUACAAGAGAACAGCGCGUGAAGCUCGUCAAGCUCUACUAUGAACUCGCCCUGGCUCCUGGAAUCGACCCUGGUGUGGCCGAACGUUUCGCCAGCAUGUUUAUGCUUCUGACAAAGCGAAAGCACUACCUCCGCCCUCUCAAGGACCUCACACUCGAUUGGCGGCCGCUGUACAGAGAACUGAAAGUCUUUGUGCUUCCUAGCGAGUCGGGACUCAUGCAGACCACGAACAUGAAGAGGAACAUUAAGACCUUGACCAAAAUCUCCUCCUUUGCGCAGCUAUACUUCGAUCCGGAAGACAUACCAGCCAUGUUGGAAGAGUUAUUACCACACUUCACGAUGUCGUCUGCUGAAGGAGCAUUCGUCGUGAUUGGAUUGUUGAACAUACUCCUUCCUACGGCUCCUCCGCCGCCCAAUCGUGCUGAUUUGGCGCCCCAGCAGUUUCUGCCAACGUUCUUCCACCUAUGGUCUUUAGUCAAUCGGUCUCGGACGGUCGAUGUGGCAUUUCUUGAUCUCUUCUCUCGCCUGUCGCGAGACGCCUUGUCCAGCAAACAUGUUAACUUUUCGGAGUAUGGCAUAUUCACAUCAGAACAGUCCACCUUGAUUACAACGGCGAUUUUGAGGUUGCUGGAGAUUCCCGUUGGACAAUCCACCUCGCCCUACAGUGCUCUCGUAGAUUUGUCGGCGGGGAUGGGCAUUCUACUUGACAGGGAUUCACGGAAGCACCCGGUAUCGCAUCACAUUGCUCGCUGGUUUGUCAUGUCUCUGUCACCAGCGUGCCUUGAUCACAAGGGGUCAGUCUUGUCCUUACUGGAGAACCUGAUCCAAGCAGUCGAGACGUUCUUUCAUCCCUCAAACUCGGGGUCGUGGACCAGAACCCUUGCUCAGUUGGUGUUUUACCUCGCAGAUUUCUUCGUGAUGCGUUGGAACAGAGAACGCAAUGGAGAGAUGGACGUGCCCGUGGAGCGGAGACUCACCGAUGGUCUGCGAAAGAGGUUCGUCUUGUGCCUGCGUGAGGUGAUUUUCAUGGGCAUCUAUGCAAAGAGUGGUACGGCAAUGAGCUAUUCCCUGUCGACCCUCCAGGCUCUCGCAUUCUUAGAACCGGACUUGAUCCUCCCAGGUGCCUUGCAGCGUAUCUAUCCUUCGAUGCAAGGACUGGUCGAGGUCCACCGGACGAUAUCGUCGCUACGCUCUCUGCAGAUUCUUGCAAGGACAAUGGUCAGAACAAAAGGAUACCGAUGUCACAUUACUGCCCUCCUAGGUCUUGCCCUGCCAGGCAUUGACGCCAAUGACCUCGAGAAGACUCUUUAUACUCUUUCCUUCUUCGCAAACGUCUGUUACAACAUCCCCUUUGAAGAUCUGUCUCAGGGAAGGGACGACAUUCAGGGCAAUAUGUUGGCCAUGGAAUGGAUUACCGGCGAAAUGGAGCGCAUGGAGCAAGAAGGAGCCAGCGUAGAGCUCAACUAUGCCAACCUGAAUGAGAAGGACGAAGAAAUGAUUCUGGCUUCAUCUACCGCAGGACUAGGCGAAUUCGUCUCUUCCUUCUUGGGUAGGGUCUUCACGCUCAUGGAGAAUCUACCAGAUGCUGCUCGAGUACGAAGUGGAUCUCCAGAAGAAAACAUUGUCAACACUUUACCAGCUGCAUUCAUGCCUCUGCUGGCCUCUUUAUCACCUGAACUUUUUGAUAUGGCUCUGAACAAGAUUGUGGAUUUUGUUGCAAACCACGUGAUUCACCAGUCCAGGGACGCCAUGGCCUUCAUAUGCAACUGUCUAUGCAAAGUCAAUCCCGAAAAGGCCUUGGCCAAGUUUGUCCCAGUGUUGAUCAGCGGCAUCCGUACGGAGAUUGACGAGAACGGAGCCGGCUCAACUAGGAAUGCUGCUUCUGAUGUCCUGCCACGGGACCGAGGCCUGGUAUGGAACAUCAGCAUGCUCAGUAUGUGCGUUGUACACGUGGGAUCAGCGGUUCUCAAACACAAGCAAGAGUUGUUCGACAUUGCUGUCUACAUGCAACAGAAGUGCAAAGGCAUGCCUACUGUGCACGUCUCAAAUUACGUGCAUCACCUACUGCUCAAUCUCACAGUGACAUACACGGCGGAUUACGCGUUGUAUGAGCCCGACAAAGUUCGUAAUGGCAUCACUGCGGAUCUAUGGGGCGUCGCUGAGCCGUCAUCCACAGUCAAACCGAAAUGGCAUGUCCCAUGCAAAGAAGAAAUCGAUUUUGCGGUCGAACUUUUCCAGAACCAGGCGGAAAGCGCGCUGAAGCACCUCCGAGGCCUCAUCACCGGUACUUCGAGCAUAAAGCGUGAUGGCAGCGGCAAGGAAUGGUCAGACGAAGUCUCCAGAAAUCUCGUCUUGCUCCGUCUGCUGUUGGCUGGUAUCUCAGUCCUAUUCGAUUCGAAUGGCGUCAAUGAAGGUCUCAAGACCACUGCAGCUGGACUUGAUGCCGAAACAUCCAUGUCUCAUGCAAAUGGUCACGCACCCGAAGACACUGGCAACGUCAAUGGAACCGACGAUGCUGAAAAUGAAGCGUCCCUUGAUGGUACUGAUGAGACUUCGCUCAAGCCGUCUUUCCACUAUCCCAGCGGCGAAGUUUUGCGUGCGGGUGAUGAGAAGUACACACUGCUGCACCAGCUUCGGCAGGAAGUUGGGCGUGUCUUGCACGAGGUACAUGCAUUUUUGAGUUCUGAAGGCGAAGACGACGUUUCGUCCUUUGCUCCGCUUUACACUGCAUACCGGUCAUGGUUCGUCGACGUUGGUAUCGAACGGUCGGCUCACGUGCUGGAUCGAGUGACCCGCCUAUUGCAUGCCGAUGAGCAGCCAUACAAAGUCAGCGGAGUGAGAAAGGAUUACCCUCGUUCGAUCCUCGUACGCAGAGCCAAUGUCUACCAUACGCAAAGAAUGCGCCAUAAUGCCACCCCAAGGCCUCGAUCCGAGCUAGAUGAGCUGCUUCUUUCCGACCUCGCCGCGUCGGCAGUUUCGGAAUACACUGAGAUCCGCCGGAAUGCGCAGAGUGCAGGAGAGUCAGCUCUAAAGGUCAUCUUUGGUGCCCGCCUAUUCGUCAUUCCACCUCUACUAUCAGCAUUCGAGCGUGCGGUGGAACGGAACGAUUUCCCCCGUAUCAAGGGUGGCUUGUUCACUCUGCUGUUCGGCAGUCUUGCAAAGACGGUAGGCAGACACUGGAAAUACACCCCUGCGAUCAUCCGAACUUUCAUCGAAGCUACUACAGCCGACAAGCCGUCAAUUCAAAAACUUUGCAGUGGCGGAUUAUUCCAGAUCAUGGAGUACGGGCGACCUGGAGAUCGCAUGGCCAUCAUCGAUAGGACAAUGGUCGACCCCUUUGCGCCUGACGACGAUGUGGACGACAAGAUUGCGAAGAAGAAGAAGUUCAUUCUGAAUAAACGCGCGAACAUCGAGCGCAAGAAGGCAGAAUUGGCUGAAGAGCUCAUUGCGAUGACGCGUGUCUCACACUGGAAGAAAGCCAGUCGAGUCGCUACCAUCGUCAUGUCAUUGGGGAUGCGCUUCGAUCAUAUUGCUUCGGAUAACAUGAUUGAUCUGAUUGCUCGUGGUACCGUUGACCCACAUCCUGGAUUACGAGGACUCUACUCACAAGGAUUGGUUGCUCUUUUCACCAUGACCGACGUCCGAGCUGUUUGUAAUCAUGAAUAUGCGAAUUACAUACAAGCCCUGCAGGAGUUCCCCGCCAAGGUCAAGGUAGACACCCAUGCGGAAGAUCCGGCAUGGACAGAAGGUUAUCUGAAAGCAUUUGCGCAACCGGAAGCCGACGUCUACAUCGAUCAUGACUAUCCUGGAUGGCUGGUCUGGGGAAAGUCGAUGCCUGGCUACAAAGCUAAUGUCCAAAAUGACAUUGAAUACGAUGAGCUUGAGUUGAAGAAGCGGGCAGUCAUUGGCAAGAUUCUGGAUCGGGAAUGGUUCGUCACCUUCUUUAAAUAUCUGAAGCAAGAGCCACGAGAUCAGUCUGCGGACAAGUUCCGUAUGGCUAGUGCGGCAAUGUUGACGUAUGCUUUCGAACUCAUCAUUCGUGACGGAUUGGCAGUUGCUACAUUUGAAGAUAUCAAAGAAGAAACACUGAAAGUGUUCGAGGAUGGUAGUGACAAGCAUCAGCACCGAGCUACUGCCGAGAUCCUCGCUGGUCUCGUCACAUCUGUUAUGGACAACUCGAUCGAACGACGGACCAUGAUUUGGGAGUUUGCCUUCCCGAUCAUUCAGCGGGUCUUCUCAGACGGUUUGACACCUGAAAACUCUGGCUACUGGACCACAUUCCUGCAUAUGAUUCUGCAAGCUAGGGAUCCCCGACGAGCAUGGCCAUUGGUUGAAUGGCUCACGAAUUUCCGUCUGGACAUGGGCUCGAACGCUGCCUUCAAAGAGAGUUCCAAGAUUCACCUCUUGCACCAGGUCAUCAUGGAUGCAGGCUGGCACUUCCAGCUCGAUAAGCCCAUCACCGAAGAUUUCUUGAGUCAUAUCGAUCAUCCAUACAAAGGGGUUCGAGAAGCUAUGGCUCAUACGCUAGCCACUGUGACUCGGACUCGCUACCAUGAAUCCUUCAAAGAUGUCAAAGAACUCAUUACUACGCAGCAAGCGGCAGGAUCGAUCGGAAUCCAGCCGUACGUGCCCACGAAAGAGUUUGAUCAGACAAUGCAUGAAAUCUUCGAACGACUGGAGAAGUGGCGGCACGAGCGGACACCAGGUCAACAGACACCUUCUGCAUAUACUUCCGGAAGCAAGACGGUGCUGCUAUGGCUCGAUUCAAUGUUGUCAUCCUACGAGUGUACCCAACUCUUGAAAUACUUCCCGGAUCUGUUUACAGAACAAUUCUUGCACAUGAUGGAUGUCAAGGAGGAUCCCGAACUGCAAUCCCUAGCAUACCACGUUUUCCGCCAUCUGCCGAAUAUUCCACACCGCAUUGGAGAGGAUAAAAGAUUGAUUGAAACGUUGAUACGCAUAGGAAGAACGUCAUCUUCCUGGCACCAGCGGCUACGCGUCAUGAUCAAUAUGCAGAUCAUCUUCUUUAGGCGGCUAUUCUUGUUGUCUGAAGAGAGCAAGCAGAUGCUGUUCGACUGUGUUGCUGACAUGCUCGAAGAUACCCAACACGAAGUCCGUGCCGGCGCUGCCACAACUCUGUCCGGCAUGAUACGAUGCUCACCAAUGGACUUGAGGGAAAGAAUGAUCACCAAACUACGAGAUCGUUUCACUAAGGCCUUGAUCGAUAAUCCGCUACCAAAGAAGCCCAAGGGCCACUUGGCAGGCUUGUCGUCGGCACGUACUUCCGGAGCCAACACACCCACCCCUGAAGCCCAGCGUUUGGUUAUUGUCCGACACGCUGCUGUUUUGGGAUUGGGUGCUCUGAUCCAGGCAUUCCCAUACUCAAGUCCACCGCCCGCAUGGAUGCCCGAUGUUCUGGUGACGCUGAGCAGCAAGGCGGCGAACGACCCGGCCACUGUGGGCAAUAGUGUCAAGAGCAUCAUCAGUGAUUUCAAGAAGACGAGGCAGGAUACCUGGCAUAUUGACGUGAAGGCAUUCAAACCAGAGCAGGUCGAAGAUCUCGCCGGUGUUUUGUGGAAGAGUUAUUUCGCAUGAAUGCAAUCAACUACUUCUUGGGUUGGCAUAGCGUGGGCGCAAGUGCAGGUUCUAUGGCUAGCAGGUUGCGUCGGCUCCGCAUUGGGCGUAGCAAGGACAACGUUUCUUCUCGUCUCUGUAUGAAUAGAUUAGGGCAUGGAGAAUAACGGGACUAUUUUCCUUCGCUGUAGACCGAGCAAGCGGGAAACUUUGGAUAUUCAUAUUGCUAAAGAUGGAAAGGAGGAAAGGGAGCAGAAAACGCGG